AUGGAUCAGGAUCAUGAUUUCUGGGAAAAUAGCGAAUGGAAUGAUUGGCAAACUACUAUUUUGCAGGAGUGUAAUAUUGUGGAAAAUGUCUACAGAUGGGCUUGCGGGCGCCCAACUGCAUUGCAAGAUAGGACAAGGGAUAGUGAUGAGGAUGAUCUUCAUGACAGAGAUUUUGAUGUAGCAGCUUUAGCAAAUAAUCUUAGCCAAGCAUUUAGAUACUCGAUAUAUGAUAAUGAGGAUGCUGAAGAGGGCAAUGGGGCUCUUGAUCGAGUUGAUGAGGUAAUAGUUUUUUCUUUUCUUUUUUUUUUUCUCCACCUUUUCAAAUCUAUGGUCUUUUCUCCCUCUGAUUCAAUUGAAAAGAAACUGAAGGCUGGUUAAUAUGAAUCUGCAUUAUUGAAUUGGAGGCAGCAUACUUUGCAUAAGAACUCUUUCAGCUGUUUAUUCUGUUUUAUUUAUUUUCUAUGAAGGAAAAAUUAGAUUGCAAUUGUUGUAUUGUAAUUACUUGAACAAAUAAUUUGUGUAUCCAUGUGCUUUCAUAUUGUUUCUAAUUGCAGCUAUGCAUAUGUUGAUUAC